CCCUGUACCAGCUAUUACUUAACCGCCUCUUCUUCUCUAUCCUUCUCCACCCAAGCAAUCAACAAACAAACACUCACCUGAAGCUCCACAAAUUUCUCUUAUUAACCAGACACCACAUCCAAACACCAAAACCUUCUCACAUCUUCACAUUUUCCUUGUGCUUCUCUUUUAAUUUUCUCCUGGAGUCUCGCAAUCAUGGGGAUUCCAGCUGAUGAUGUCGUUUUGAUCCAGCAAGGCAGCGGUUCCAAUGACCCCACCGUCGUCACCGUCAAUUGCCCUGACAAGUCUGGCCUUGGAUGCGAUCUCUGCAGAAUAAUUCUCGAGUUUGGGCUACACAUUACUCGCGCAGAUUUUCAAACGGAUGGAAAGUGGUGUUACAUAAUAUUCUGGGUGGUUCAACGUUCAAACUCGCUAAGACUUGAUUGGGAUAGCUUGAAAAACCGGCUCUUGAUUGUGUCUCCUCCAUGUCUGGCUCCACUUUAUUACGAUCACAAAUUGAAUGGUUCCACGGCUGCUCCUUCUGUAUAUCUGUUGAAGUUUUGUUGUGUUGACAGGAAAGGAUUAUUGCAUGAUAUCACUGAAGUUCUAACGGAGCUUGAAUUUACAAUUCAAAGACUAAAAGUGAUGACAACACCAGACGAGAAAGUCGUGGACUUGUUCUUCAUUACAGAUGGCAGGGAGCUCUUACACACGAAAGAAAGGCGAGAUUACACAUGUGGAUAUUUGUGUGAAGUAUUCAAAGAGUAUUGUAUCAGCUGUGAACUUCAGUUGGCCGGUCCUGAAUGUGAAAAUCAGCGGACUUUCUCUUCCCUCCCAAUGGCAGUUGCAGAAGAAUUGUUUAGCUGUGAGCUGUCAGAAAAGGAAUCCUGUACGCAAGCACUUGGGACAGCUACAACACCACCAAAGAAGGCCAUCGUUACAGUGGAUAAUCUUUUGAGCCCAGCUCAUACAUUGCUUCAAAUACAAUGUGUUGAUCAAAAAGGUCUCUUUUAUGACAUCUUGAGAACUUCAAAGGACUUAAAUAUCCAGGUAGCUUAUGGUAGAUUCUCAUCUAGCAUAAAAGGAUACCAUAACAUGGAUCUAUUAAUUCGGCAAACAGAUGGGAAGAAGAUUGUGGAUCCCGAACUUCUGGCCAAUACUUGUUCUCGAUUGAAGGAGGAGAUGCUUCAUCCAUUACGAGUGAUCAUCACCAACAGAGGCCCAGAUACUGAACUCUUAGUAGCUAACCCUGUUGAGUUAUGUGGCAAGGGAAGACCACGUGUAUUUUAUGAUGUUACUUUAACUCUGAAAAAGUUGGGAAUAUGCAUUUUUUCGGCCGAAAUUGGAAGGCACUCAACUCAGGAUCGCCAGUGGGAAGUCUACAGGUUCCUCUUGGAUGAAAAUUGCGACGUUCCGUUAGCAAGUAGUCAGGCCAGAAAUCAAAUAGUGGACAGAAUUAGAAGAACAUUAAUGGGCUGGUAGAAUGAUCCACUGGAAAACAGCAUUGAUAAUGAAAUUGGUUUUGCCUUCUCGCAUCGCAUGUGUACCCAUCUCUCUAGGUGGACAGCUCCGCGCUGCAAUGCUGUCCCUAUUUGCCGAUCAUGAACCAAACCGAUCAUUGAGGUCAUGCAGCAAGAUAAUCUAUUCUCUAUGUAUAACCAGGCUUCUUGCUGUAAUCAAUUCGUUUCCUGGCUAUUAAAAUUUAGUGUUUCAUUUCCA